GCCGGGCAUCAUGUUCCUCUUCCAGCUUCUCAACUUUUUCUUCAGCACCUCCGAAACGGAGGACUCCUCCAAGUAUGACCUCUCCCUCUACAAGCGUGGAGACCUGCUGGAGGUUCCCCGCACCUUGUUCACCCACUUCGGCAUCUACUUGGGCGACAACCGCGUGGCCCACCUCAUCCCGGACAUCCUGCCCGUCAUCUCCAGGAACAAGUCGGCCAUAGCCAAGAUGGUCACCAACAACCGGCUUUUGAUGGGGGUCAUCGCCAAGGUGGCCAGCGUGAGGGUGGACUCGGUGGUGGACUUUGCGUACGGCUCGGAGAUCUUAAUCAACCACAUGGACAUUGUGUGCAGCCAGCCCCCACUGGAUGGGGACGAGGUGGCCAGGAGGGCGGAGAAGCUGCUGGGCUCAGUCACCUACAGCUUGCUGUGGUACAACUGUGAACACUUCGUCAUGUACUGCAGAUACGGAAUGGCCAUCAGCUACCAGACAUACCAGUUCUGCACAACAGUUCGCAAGAUCGUUUGCAGCCGGAUGAGCUCGUACUUGACGGCGUUGUGCGGCGCGGCGGCCUUGCUGUGUUUGGGCUGUGCGACGCCGUUGACGGUUUUGUCCACCCUGCUGGUGUCGUUCACCAUCUGGAUGGCAGCCUAGUGGAGCCCUAAGGAGGAAAGACUUUGGUUUCACCGAAGAUGCUUGCAGCGUUUUGUACUACUACACUAUUUCCUAUUCGUAUAUCUUAUUUUGUAUGCUACUCAGCCCCUCUUAGUCUGUCUUCAUCUCAGCAGCCUCAUUAAAAGACACAUCUGGCCCAAAUAAACUGGUUUUGACCUUUGGUUAAUAAUAUAUACUUUUUUUCUUUAAAAAUUAAUUUUUGGGAAAAAUGCACAUAUUUUAUGCUUUAAUUUCCCUCAAUUGGCAGUUUUUGGAACAUUUGUGUUUGGUUUGUCUUCUUAUUAUUCCCUUUUGUCUAAGUUGCCAUUUAUGUCCUUGGACAUUUCUUAAUUGGCUUGAAUGGCCUUACUGGUAGGGGACUAUAGCGUCACCUGUUGCUCUUUGUGAUGUCUGAGGGCGAUGCAUUCGAUGAUGCUGGUCCAUUAAAACUGUAUUUCUACUUAAAUUGUUUUGAAUAAAACUUAGCUUUUUAUUUAUGCAGGGUUUUUUUUUGUAUCAUUUUUAACCGCUGACACUGCUCUAAUUAACAUCUUUAUGCAACUUGGAUUUCAAGAUACACAUGUAAUAUAAUUAGAGAUGUCCGAUUAUAUCGGACUGCCGAUAUAAUCGGCCGAUAAAUGCUUUAAAAUGUAAUGUCGGAAGUUAUCGGUAUCGGUUUCAAAAAGUAAAAUUUAAGUGAAUACAAGUGAAUGUAAUCAUACUUGGUCAACAGCCAUACAGGUCACACUGAGGGUGUCUGUAUAAACAACUUUAACAGUGUUACAAAUAUGCGCCACACUGUGAACCCACACCAAACAAGAAUGACAAACACAUUUCGGGAGAACAUCCGCACCGUAACACAACAUAAACACAAGAGAACAAAUACCCCGAACCCCUUGCAGCACUAACUCCUCCGGGACGCUACAAUAUACACCCCAGCUACUCCCCAAACCUCAACCCCGCCCCCCUCCCAACCCCGCCCACCUCAACCUCCUCAUGCUCUCCCUGUCCCAAAUUUUAAGCUGUUGUUUUGAGUCAUGUUAAAAAAAAAUAAUGCACUUUGUGACUUCAAUAAUAAAUAUGGCAGUGCCAUGUUGGCAUUUUUUUUCAUAACUUUAGUUGAUUUAUUUUGGAAAACCUUGUUACAUUGUUUAAUGCAUCCAGCGGGCAAUCACAACAAAAUUAGGCAUAUUAAUGUGUUAAUUCCACAACUGUAUAUAUCGGUAUCGGUUGAUAUUGGAAUCUGUAAUUAAGAGUUGGACAAUAUCGGAAUAUCGGAUAUCGGCAAAAAACCCAUUAUCGGACAUCUCUAAAUAUAAUACAGUGGCGGGCCGUGCGUUUCCCACAAAGACCUUCAGUGAUGUCCGACUUCAAUGAUUACCUCUCAAAAUACCAUCAUUUAUGUCCCCACAUGACCAUUGCUGGAGAAAUACUAUACAGGAACACAUUUACGCACUACUGGGCAUUGUACAAAACGGGUUAUUUUCUGGCGCAUUUAAAAAUCAAUAAACCCGCAACAGCAAUUAAAACAUACCUUAUGUGGUGCUGUCAAAAUUAAAAUUGCAAAAAACAUUUUAAACGUGAAAAAAUUAAGAAAAAAAAUAUCUGAACUCACACUUCACCGACAGCUGAGCUAGCUUCCGGAGUUGGCCGAGAUGGUCUCACAUGAUGUAGUUUCUCUUUAAAUAUCCUUCUUGAAAAUGGCCUUGCAAAUAUGUGUUUUGUCCCCCGGUCCGUGGGACAAAUUUUCAAGCGUUGACCGGUCCGCAGCUACUAAAAGGUCUUAACCUUUUUGGAGGUACCAAACCCCACCAGUUUCAUAUGCGCAUUCACCGAACCCUUCUUUAGUGAACAUCCAUCCAUCCUUCCAUUUUCUACCGCUUAUUCCCUUCGGGGUUUCGGGGGGCACUGGAGCCUAUCUCAGCUACAAUCGGGCGGAAGGCGGGGUACACCCUGGACAAGUCGCCACCUCAUCACAGGGCCAACACAGAUAGAUAGACAACAUUCACACUCACAUUUGAACAAUAUAUAUAUAUUUUUUUUUUCAAAUUUAAGAAAAAGUCGUAUGUUUUUUUAUUGGUGCACAAAAUGAGCCGUGCAUGAACAUCACCUUGUUCAAAGAACAAAACCAACACAGUGCAUGAACUCACAACAAAUUACACACCUUACACACAUUACCAUGAAUUGAUUAACGUGGACCCCGACUUAAACAAGUUGAAAAACGUAUUGGGGUGUUACCAUUUAGUGGUCAAUUGUACGGAAUAUGUACUCUACUGUGUAAACUGUACUGUGUAUUCUCUUCCUUUGCAAUCUGCUAGUAAAAGUUUCAAUCAUUAAAUCAAAAAACCUGCAAAUCAGAUGGACAAUUAGAGGGAACAUUGUUUGGGGGUAUCCAUAAUAGGCUGAUAGGGAGAAGUUUUUAUUUACACGAUAAGUCGGAUGUCUCUUUACCUCCGUGGCAGAGGCUCCGCCGAACCCUUGAGGCCGACUCACCGAACCCCUAAGGUUCGAUCGAACCCAGGUUAAGAACCACUGCUCUAGAGCAGUGGUUCUCAAAUGCGCGUACCCCUGGGGAUACUUGAAGGUAUGCCAAGGGGUACGUGAGAUUUUUUUUUAAUAUUCUAAAAAUAGCAACAAUUCAAAAAUCCUUUAUAAAUAUAUUUAUUGAAUAAUACUUCAACAAAAUAUGAAUGUAAGUUCAUAAACUGAACAUCAAAUCAAGUAGGCUAGUCCAUUCAUUACCAUAAAGCCAGAGUUUCUCCCAUGCCAUGAUGGUUUGACCCUCACUAAAAUGUCUGUCAAAAAGAACUGUGAAAAGAAAUGCAACAAUGCAAUAUUCAGUGUUGACAGCUAGAUUUUUUGUGGACAUGUUCCAUAAAUAUUGAUGUUAAAGAUUUAUUUUUUUGUGAAGAAAUCUAUUAAAUCUAUUACAAUCCCCAAAGAGUUCUUAAUUAAGUUGAUGAUUACUUCUAUGUGUAGAAAUAUUUAUUUAUAAUUGAAUCACUUGUUUAUUUUUCAACAAGUUUUUAGUUAUUUUUAUAUCUUUUUUUGCAAAUAGUUCAAGAAAGACCACUACAAAUGAGCAAUAUUUUGCACUGUUAUACAAUUUAAUAAAUCAGAAACUGAUGACAUAGUGCUGUAUUUUACUUCUUUAUCUCUUUUUUUCAACCAAAAAUGCUUUGUUCUGAUUAGGGGGUACUUGAAUUAAAAACAUGUUCACAGGGGGUACAUCACUGAAAAAAGGUUGAGAACCACUGCUCUAGAGGGUCGCCAAAAAAAUCUGUUAUUGCUGUACUCGAGUGUAAUACACUUCUCCACCACUUGUGGCAGUAAUGACAAUAUCAAACAGAAGAAGUCUGGAACUUAAGUCACAGAGAAGUUUAAGCGCAAAAAUUAUGAUUUAAGUAGUAAAGCUGUAUUUUCAUUUGCACUUUAAUUUCAUUGAUAGUUUAGUUCACAAACAUAUUUAGUAUCAUUUAUUUAGAAUGCAUUUAUUUUAGCACACGUAAUUGUAUGUACAUUUAUUUUUCAUCAGUUUUUAUGAGUUGCUUCUUCUGCAGUAUCAGC